AUGGGUAAUGCAAUAAAAAAAGUGUUUCCAAAUACUCGACAUCGCUUUUGUUCAUGGCAUAUCAGGAAGCAUGAAACUGAGCACCUUCGAUCUUAUGUUUCCCGUUACAGUGAUUUUCAAGAAACGCAUAGAAAAUGGGUAAAUAGUGACACCAUUGAACAAUUUGAAGCAACAUGGGAAGACAUGUGUAUUAAGUAUGAACUAGAAAGCAAUUGUUGGAUUAGUGACAUGUAUAACCAACGUAUACAUUGGGCUAAACCCUUCUUGAAGGAUAUUUUCUUUGCUGGUAUGACCACAACCGGACGAAGUGAGAGUAUCAAUUCAUUUUUUGAUGGAUUUGUUAACUCGAAAACCAUGCUGAAUGAAUUUGUUGUACAAUACGACAAAGCAGUUGAGUCACGAAGGGCUGCCGAAGAAGAUGAAGACUUCAAGACUAUGAACUCAAGGCCGGUUCUUUCUUCGGUGCAUCCAAUCGAAGCAAAAGCUGGUCAAUGUUAUACUAGAAAGAUGUUUGAUACUUUCAAAAAAGAAUGGACCGAAGCUAUUACCAAUUUGAGUCACAAUACCCUAACAAAAACUACAGAAGAAAGAACAUAUAAAGUUGGGCAAUUGGACGUUGAUAAAAAAAUAUUGGCCUUAUAUGUGAUGAAGAAGAAGAAUGUUCAAGAACUGCCGAGUCAUUAUAUUUUACCGCGAUGGACACUUGGUGUUAGGUACAAAUUAGGUAGUGUUAGUAUCGGACUUGGAGAAAUUAAUAAUGAAAAUGGAGUUAGUGCCUACACAUUAUUUUGUGUCCGUUCAAAUUUUACUAAACUAAUUGAACAAUCAAGGAACUCCCCUUCGGAGAUACAAAAACUCAAUUCGAUGUUGAUAAAUCUUUUAGAUGAUCAAGCAAACCGAAAGAAAUCUGUGUCUUCGGAGAAUGCAUCUCAAAGUUUUUGUAUGGGAGUUUCACAAGUAGAUAUGAUGCCACAGUUAUCUGUCCGUGAUCCUCUUGGUCCAACUACUUCAAAAGGGCGUCCUAAACUUGCAAGUAGAAUCAAGUCUUCUUUGGAAGCCCCUAAAAAACGAACAUGCUCUUACUGUCAAGGAUUGGGUCGUUAUGCUACUAGUUGUUCAAAAAGAAAGGCAGAUGAAUCGUUGCAAGAGACAUAA